AUGCCCCGAGUCGCAAACCCCCCCGUCAAGAGCCGUCAUGGCCGCGGCACCUCGAAGCCGGCGAAUAACACUACACCACACAAAAAUACUCCUAGGAAAAUCCCCCUCAACGAUGACGCUGGCGAGAAGGUUGCGCGGUUACAUUCCCGCCAGGCGCAAUACGACCUCCAGAUGGACCAGAUCAAAGCGGCGGUAAAGACGCCGAUGCCCCCGCGCAGAUUCAACAACUAUGAUGGAACAGCCGACAGUCCGCGCACCCCCCGGGGCUCUGUACGAGGGAGAGACAGUGAUGUCGAUGCUCUCGGCCGCGCAGUGACGCCGAUGAAGCGUGUGCCCAUCCUAGCCAACUUUGAGGAGUGGAUGAAGAUGGCGACGGAUAAUAAGAUCAAUGCUGCUAACUCGUGGAAUUUUGCUCUCAUCGACUACUUUCAUGACAUGUCGCUUUUGAAGGAAGGCGAUGGAGUUAAUUUUCAAAAGGCAAGUUGUACACUCGACGGCUGUGUGAAGAUUUAUACAAGCAGAGUGGACAGCGUUGCGACUGAGACGGGGAAACUGCUGAGUGGAUUGGCGGAUAGUGGAAAUAAAAAGAAACAGGACGGCGGUGAGGAUGGUGGAGAAAACGAAGAAGACGAUGAUGAGGAAGGGGAAGAAGGUGAAGAUGGAGUCCGACGGAAAACUCGGAAAAAGGUUGGCCAAUCCGUACAACUGGAGCUGGCACGAUCCCACGAAUCCACGUUAGCGCCAUCGUUUUCAUCUCUGCAAUUAAAGAAGUUUGAAUUGGAAUUCUCCGUGGAUCCUCUAUUUAAAAAGGCUUCCGCUGAUUUCGAUGAAGGCGGCGCCAAGGGCCUACUUUUGAACCAUCUAUCCAUUGACGGUCAAGGAAGAAUUGUUUUUGAUAGCAGCGAUGAUGCUAACACAGCUACGGCUGACUCUGAGGCUCAAAACAACAACGCAGAUGGCCAAGAAGAUGGUUCCAAGUCCCCGACUCCAAGACCUGGAACAUCUGAUUCAAAUGAUGACUACUUGGACGUCGAUGUCAGCGGCUUAGCCGAAAGAUUCUUUCCCAACCUUGACGCGCUGGCUGACCAUGAUAUUUGUCCCUCCCUGAAAGAUUUCGAUCUGGGCGACCCCAGCGGGUCUCUCGAAAUUCCAUUCUUACGCGCUCCUGAGGACUGGAGGCAAGAUAAACAACAGUCAGAGCAGCCAGGCCUUGGUGAUGCAUCUGGCAUCAUGUUGGAUGACGAUAUAGCUAUCGGAUUUGAUGAUGACGAUGCCACAAUUACUGGAUUCGAUCUCGGUGGUGAUGCCGAGUUCGGGCAAGGUGGUGAGGCAUGGGCGAGAGAUGCUGCUCUCGAACCAAUGUUGAAGGUGCACCGCAUUAGCAACAUUGGAGUUGGAGGCGACAAUAACGACACCACAGUCGAAUUUGAUAACACGGAAAAUGACCCUUUCACCUUGUCCCUUUCACAUGGAAAUGCAAACCACGAUCACGAUAAUAUCCUGAGUUAUUUUGAUAAUGCCUUACGCAAAGACUGGGCUGGUCCCGAGCAUUGGAAGAUUCGACGAAUGAAGGAUGUGACCUCCGCUACCGCCGGGACAGCAGCGCCCAGGCAGCGGAAAGAAAAGGAGCCAUUUGAGAUAAAUUUUGCCGCGGACCUCGACCCUGCUACCGCAGAGCUGAUAUACACCACCUCGAGCUCUAACUCUGCAAUUUCACUCCCAAAAACCCAGUGGAAAACAAAGGGUCGAAAUUUGCUACCUGAUGAUAAACACUUCAACUCCAGGGAACUACUCCGCCUUUUCCUAAAGCCCAAAGCAAAGAUGGGGCUACGCGGACUAGUAAGAAAUAACAACCGCUCCCGUCAGAAUGACGCUUCUGGCCCCAACAAUGGCGAGAUGGAUGAAGCCUUCUGGGCGUCACAGAAACAAGACAUGGAGCAAGCGGCAAACGAGGAUGCUGCUCAGGGAACAUACGAUGCUAACUUUUUUGCGGACGACGAUGGCCUUGCUUUCCCACAUGGCCUUCCCAUGGGCGACGAUGAUGACGACGACAACAUGCCUUUCGCAGAUGCUCGAGAGGCAUUCUCCCCGCCACUAGACUCAGACGCGAGACCCGCAACCUCGGCGGGUGGUAUGUCUGGCCUCAACGCACUCUUAAACAGCGUUGCUACCCCUGGUGGCGCCUUGCUGGGAGGUUACGGCUCACAGCUAGUCACCCAAGGAGGCCGAAGAAUCCGCCCAGAAUAUGUAAACUACGCCCGUGUAGCGAAGAAGGUAGAUGUUCGCCGCUUGAAGGAAGUGAUGUGGAAUGGAAUGGGUGAACGCCUUAUCGCCUCACUCUCAUUCAACUCUUCUUCUCCAUCUGCUGCAGUCACCACGACAACCGCCCCUGAAGAACCAGCCCCUGAACCUAGUGUCGAAAACAGCUCUCCUAGCGACGAGUCCGAAGAAUUUAAAAACAGUCUUCGCUUCACCGAUGUCAUGAAUGGAUUGAAGCAAUCGUAUCCCGAACAAGCUAUGCGCGACAUCAGCACGUCAUACGGCUUCAUCUGUCUUCUCCAUUUAGCGAACGAACAAGGUCUCGUGUUGAAAAACAAAGGCAGUAUGAAUGACGAUUGGGAAGGGAGACUAGAGGAGAUAUAUGUGACUAAGGACGUUGGUGCUGUUAUUGAGGGCGAUGCAUAG